GCGAGCGUACACAUCUCUCUGUUUCUCUCGUGGGUGCUCCUCGAAGACGACUAUUCGUCCCCCCCCCCCCCCCCCCCCAACCCAUACCCUCUCCCCUCCUGCUCGCUUCCCCAUUCCGCCUUCGCAUCGGGCGCCCGCCGCCGCCGCGCCGCCUUAUCCAGCUCGGGUGGUUUGAGGCCGUCCCCGGAGGCGCUUGCUCUUGGGCGGCGUGGCUGCGUUGGGUCUGGGCGCGCUCUGAGCGGGGAGAUCUCGGGGUUUACUCCGCGCGUCAUCGAAGAGGAGGAGGGAGCGGUGGUGGUUGCUGGGAGGGUCCGGUGAGGCAGCCUAGGGUUUCGGGCACGGCGGAGGUACAGCAGGAGAAGUGGCAGUCGUCGUGCAGGCGGCGGGGAUGUACGCGCCGCAGUCCCGCAGCGGGGCUGGUUCCUCUGCGGAGCAGCCUAGAGUCUACCAAGUCUGGCGGGGAAGCAACGAAUUUCUCCUGCAAGGCCGGUUCAUAUUUGGACCUGAUGUGAGAUCCUUGUUUCUCACUGUAUUCCUCAUUCUCGCUCCAGUGUUGGUAUUCUGUAUAUUUGUGGCCAGGCAUCUGACUAAUGACUUCCCUGAUCACUGGGGGAUUUCAGUUAUGGUUGUAGUGGUUGUCUUCACAAUAUAUGAUUUGACGCUGCUGCUUCUUACCUCUGGUAGAGAUCCUGGUAUAGUUCCUCGUAACACUCAUCCUCCUGAACCUGAAUCCAUUGAUGCAAACAAUGAUGUUGGAAAUGGUCAGACUCCACAACAAUUGCGCUUGCCACGGACAAAGGAUGUUUUUGUGAAUGGGGUUGUUGUAAAGGUCAAGUACUGUGACACCUGCAUGCUGUACCGACCGCCUCGAUGCUCCCACUGUUCUAUCUGUAACAACUGUGUCGAGCGUUUUGAUCAUCACUGCCCUUGGGUUGGUCAAUGCAUUGGACUGCGUAAUUAUCGUUUCUUCUAUAUGUUCGUAUUCUCGACCACAUUGCUUUGCCUCUACGUAUUUGGUUUCUGCUGGGUGUACAUAAUCAAGAUCAGAGAUGCAGAAAAUUUAUCGAUUUGGAAGGCAAUGUUGAAGACACCACCAUCCAUGGUUCUGAUCAUCUACUGCUUUAUUUGUGUGUGGUUUGUUGGUGGUCUUUCUGUCUUCCAUUUCUACCUGAUGAGCACCAACCAGACUACCUACGAGAACUUUAGAUAUCGAUAUGACCGACGGGCCAACCCAUAUAACAAAGGUGUUGUGAACAACUUUCUGGAGAUCUUCUGCACUGCUGUCCCUGCUUCAAAGAACAAGUUCCGAGCAAGGGUCCCAGCAGAGCAAGGUUUGCAGCAAGCACGUGCACCAGCUAGGGGUUUUAUGAGCCCAAACAUGGGCAAACCUGUUGGAGAUCUUGAAUUGGGUAGGAAGCCAAUAUCAUGGGACGAACCUCGGUCAGCAGCUGAUAUAAGAGAUUUAGAAGUUGGUCUUGGGGGCAUGUUGGAUGAGAAAGAGGGCAGAAUAGCCCAUGCAUCCCCGGAUCUGAGCAGAGAAGCCCGUCCAGUUGAGCUUAUGGAAGGUAGGGCUGGUAUGCAUUCGAGACGAUCAAGCUGGGGGCACAGAAGUGGGACCUCAGAGUCAAUGGACAGCAUUGCCGUGCAGAUGGGAGCUUUAGAUGGUACCUGGGGCUCAAUCAGUAGCGGCCAUGGCACCACCAGUGGAACUCAUUAACAAAUCAGGCUCCACCUCCUGACGCCGUAUUGGGUCUCAUCUCAACAGUGAGCAACCGUCUGAUCUCAACAACGAAGGGCCAACUUUUAGUGUACUCUGUGAGCUUGUGCUUUUCACCUAGGAUUUGAGUCAGCUGCUUUCUUACCCGUGUCUGUUGUUUCAUCCUGGAAGAGCAUCAGUUCUUCUGACGCACUUGUUUGGUGUUUUAUGCGAAGAAGAUAACAGAAGAGCUUUGACUACGCGUGGUUUGGAUAGUUGGAUUACCUAUCUGUAUAUAUAUAUUAUUGGAACAGUGUAAGAAAGUUUCCUCUCUUUGGUUUGCUGCUUGUUUUCGCGCCAGUAAUAUUAUUGUUCGCAACCAUGUAUUUUUUAGUGUAUACCAGUAACUGUGUGCUUGCAAUACACGUGCCUACUAAAUUAGUCUACAUGUGACUAAUACAUGAAAAACUAUCCGUGAGAAAAAUUGUCUACAUGUGAUUUUAAAUUAGUGAGAUUGAUUUGUAUUGAA